AGAGCAUUGGUCGAACAUUUCUUGAACGCUGGCAUUGUGCUGCACUGCUGCUUCUCCGCCUCUCUUCUCUCUCCAUCCCUCUGAAUAGAUUUCUGGGCGCAGAAACCGGUAUUAACAUGGGGUCGAUGUUCGGUGACUGGCCCUCCUUCGACCCUCACAACUUCAGCCAGCUUCGACCUUCUGAUCCCUCCAAUCCCUCUAAAUUGACACCUGCCACUUAUCGUCCUACUCACAACCAAACUGUUCCACCACCUGAUCAAGAUAAUGUUCAUCAUAUGUCUUACUUGGUGAUAGUUAAAUUGCUUGGUUGACUUACCAUGACAUUAACCAUCAACCAAAAGAUGGUGUGAUUGAUUGGAUAUCGAAAGAAAUUUUUGUUUCACUAUGAGCUAUUUGGAAUGGAAAUUUUUACUGUUGGCUCAUAGUUCAGUUUUUUGUUUUAUCAGUGUUGAAAUUGUAUGUGAUCUAGAGAAUCUAGAUUGCUUUUGCUAAAAGUAAAAGGAGAGUGUUGAUGAUUGACAUUUUUUGUGUAAUCACUCGUUGGCUCUAAUAAGCCUAGAAAUGUUUUCAUCUGGCUUACUUGUAAAACUUUUUGAGCAGUUAUUACUACUGAAGCCAAAAACAUUCUAAUAAGAAAUAUCUAUCAGCAUGGUGAGAAGAUGGUGAGUAAUUCCUCUUUUUUUUACUUGUUAUAACAGCAACAGCACAUAUAAAACAAUUUUUUUGCAUUCUGUUUUGAUUUCUCAUUGCUUUUCUCAUUGCAGUUGAGACCAAAGAAAGCUGCCUCAGAGAAUCUAAUACCAGAGCAUGGAUGCAAGCAACCUAGAGCUUCUCCCUCACACUGAGAUUCGGUAUCGUUUUCUCCAUGUUCAUGUAAAUAUUUUAUUUGCCAUGGCAAAUAUGUAUUAGAAGCUGAGAAGCAACUAGCUUGCUCUUUGUUGUAAACUGUUUAGCUACACAGGUGAUGUACAAAUGAGACUCACAUCUGGGUAAAUCGCAAUGAAAGGGGGUAUUUGUU